UGUGAAUCACGUACAAAACCCCUGUGAUCACGGACAGGUGUCUGAAUUUAUAGCAGCGUGAAUGUAAAACACUUGUGAUCACUGACAGAUCUGCAGAAAAUGGCUUUUCUUCCCAAACUGCGCAUGACCUAUGAAGAUUCUCAAAAUAGGCCACGCCUAUCUGAUGAUCUGUUACGUCGUCCUGAAAUCCCUGGUAGGACAUAUCGAGUGGCUCCUCCCAUUUUUAAAAUAGCCAAUAGCGUUUGGCUUACCUCACCGCCUGUGUUAAGCCUUACUUGACGGUUAGUACCAUGGAUGUUUAUAACGUUGGGGGCGGGACACUUGGGAUUAUACAGAGCAUUUGAUUGGACAGAAAAUCUGAUGAGAAGCUGAAGUGCAGAAUGAUGUCAUCAAAACUGUUGAUCUGUAUCUGUGUUGGAGGGAGAGCGAGACCGUCAAUUUUGAAUGCUUAUAUCUUUUUAAAAAAAAACGAAUUUUGCCAUUGUUUUGGAGCACACUCGCUUAUAGAUGACCUUAAGGCUGACACGUUCAUACUAAAAGCCACAAAACUUUUGAUUUCAUGGGGACCAAUGUUCACAGAGACCCUCACCAUUGUAUGGGAAGCCAAACGGGUCCUCUUAACAGCGCCUGUAAACAAUUCCAAAAACGCAUGGAAGUGUGGUAUUUUUUGAUGAUUUUGCGGUUUUAUCAAAAACUAUUACGGCGUAACAACUGUCCAAACUUCGUUUUUUUUUUCUUUAUUUUUAACGCAGCAGUAAAUAAAAGCGUGUAAACGUGCUUGUUUUGUGGUGGAUGUGGCGCUUUUGGUGUUCCACAUGGGCGGAGCGUUUGCGCGCAGUAGCGGAGUUUGACCGCGCGGGGGCGACAGGCCGAGUCAAAUCCACUUUCACUCCGGCACAGUUUCAAUGGAGGAGCAGCAGCACCGCAGAGAGCAGGCACAUAACCAUCACCUCACCGCCGGAGCGCCAUGGACAGGGGGAAAUCACACGGCAGUCCGAGAGAUCUCUGAACAAUGCUGUUCAUCGCUACUGUGAGCUCAAGCUGCCGGAAACGCAGAAGGAGAAAACAGGUGGAAGUAAACUAAUUGGUUUCAACCCUGACUGUGAAUAGGGACGAUUCGAAGAGCGUUCCUGAUGCCGGACUUGGGAAUUCACUGACCGCUAACUCGUACAGGCCAACAGCGAAACGAUUCCUAACCGUGGCUUCUCUCGCAGUAUGGACGGGGAUCACCAGGCCUCUGUUUUAAAGCUUUACGAGGUUCAAAACAUGCGGGAAAAAGAGCCGGCGUUAUCUCUGAACGGAGAGGUGGUCCUCGCGUCCGGUUACAUUACGAACGGGUACUCCGGCAAGUCCGCCGACAACGACGGGAGCGGCUCGGAGAGCGGGUACACGACGCCUAAAAAGAGGAGAGCGAGACGCAGCAGCGUGAAAGGUACGGAGAACAACGCCGGUCGGGAAAAGGAGAAAGCGCCGAAGAUCUAUUCUAAACAGGAUACGGAAUCUUCGGGCCAGGAGAUGUCCGGGAAAGCGCUGCAGUCUCGUACCAACUGCGCCAGGACUUGCCAUAAACCAGAGGUGCACGCAGGGGUUUGUAAGACGGGCGUUCAGGACGCAAGCCCUGUGUUCGAGGUGCAGCAUAGAAACUCUGACAGCAAGAACUCUCUCAGUCUUGUUGGUAAAAAGACUAGUCUUGUUAGUAAAACCAAACCGGUCUCCUCAGUGAGCUCUAAAGAGGACUCGUGGACUUUGUUCAAGCCUCCUCCUGUGUUUCCGGUGGACAAUAGCAGCGCCAAGAUAGUCCCUAAAAUCAGUUACGCAAGCAAAGUUAAGGAGAACCUCAACAAAGCGACGCAGGCCAGUACAGAGACGAUGCAAACGUCUGGAAAGCUCUCGCACGUCCCCAUGUCUGCUGUAAAAACAGUCACAUCUGCGGGCUUUGCUAACGUCCCCGUGUCUCUCGAUGCUAAUGGGUGUUUCUCUGUGGAAAGGUCAUUCGCAUCUUCUGCCUCCUCUAACCUGGCCGAAGAGGACGUAGAGUCCGUUCCGGAUAACCUGUCGUCUUGCUCGUCUGCUCCGGAGCCGCCGAAAUCGAGAUUUGUUUACCCGCACAAACCUUUAAAUAUGCAACCCCCUGCUGCUCAGACAAAUCAGAAAGCUCUCGGGGACAUCUUUCAGAACCAGUGGGGCCUGUCGUUCAUCAACGAGCCCAACGCAGGCCCGGACUGGGAUGACGCUUCUCGUCCGGCCGCGCCGUUCGAACUCUCGGACGUCACGUUUCAGGGCGGAAACGUCCCGUUCCUCAUCCAGCCAUCCCCGAACGCAGUUUCUCUCCCAGAGCCCCAGGACGUGCAGAGAAGGACAUACGGGACCGCUGUGGCCGUGAAACCGUGUUCCGCUCCCCGUAUUGCAAGUCGGGACGAGUGUAAAGUGGAGUGCAGGAGCUCAGACGCUUCUUAUGAGGAUUUGGACGGCGAGUCUACGAGGAGCUACGAGGGAUUGUCCGAGGUGCACACUGUAAAAGAGCAGGGUGGAGCUCUCGGGUGGGGAUGGGCUGAUGUGCAAGCUGCUGCCAUUUACCACACUAAAGAAUUUGAAUAUCUUCUCACUCUUCACAAGCAAGAUCCAAAAAGGGUGACGUAUUACGAGGAGGUCAUGGACGGACCUGAUCAUUGAGGUGCCGAGCACCAGUACUACAUCUGCUCCACCUUGGGUGCUACAGUCAGAUCUGAUCCUGGAUGUGAAUGAUCUGGUCUAACCAACCAGACCGAACUGAUAAAGAGACAGAAGAGUUGGGUGAUGAAUGUGGGACUUGCUGAAGCUUUGGAGUUCUGUGGGUUUGCUCUGCACACACGAGACUGCUGUGAUCUCCACGGAGGCAUCGGACUACGCACAAACACUACCGCAAAACCGUUUAAAGGGGCAGGUGAGGUGAGACGCUUUGUGUGGAUCGGCCGUGGGGAAGCGACGCGACCACCCCGGAGACUUCGGGAUACAACCACAUGCUUCACGAUCGUUUGAGUUCUUCACACAUCUAAAUCUUUUUUUUUUUUUAUAUAUUUUUUUUUUAUAUAUAAUUUAUGCAAUGCACAUAAACAGUCCAUAAGGGCGAAUUUGAAUGCUUUGUUACCUUCUCACUAAGGAAGAAGAAUAGAAAUGGAUUGGUCUUAAAUUUAUCUGCUUGAAAAAGCCCUAAAAUGAGUUUUUUGUUUGUUUGUUUUUUUCUCCUCUUUGAAUUGAUGAUCCAGCAUUACAACAAAAGCCUAGUUUGAAAUCACAUUUUGCUCAGCAGGCUUGUUGUAAAACUGCUCUUUUUUAUUUUAGGUUUCUGCAGAAAGUCAUUUAGCUCUCAGUAUUAUUAUUAUUAUUAUUAUUAUUAUUAUUAUUAUUAUUGUUAAUUCCCAACCCGUCUUGGUAGUAAAGAAGGGUGUUGUUUCUUUCGAGUUGGGUUUCUCAGCCAUCACAUUACUUGAAAUACACGUCAGCGCUGAGAAAAACGGAAAAGGAGCGGCCUACGGAGAAAUCAAAAGCCCGUGACGAACGAAAGCGUCUGGAUCAGGGGAAAUUCUGCGGCGUCCCACACUGACCACGCUGGACAUUUCACAGAAAAUACUUCUUCAUACACGCGCCGCCGAGAAGCGGCUACGGACGGACGAGCUGUACUCGGUCGUGAUCCGUCGUUCGCGGUGUCGGACUGUAACCCCAACCUUAAUACUUCUUUGCACAUGUCUGUCGUGAGAGCUAACGUUUUAAGGCUGUAACCCUGUAAUCAGCAGAAUGUGUUAAAGCCUCACCAUCUACUGUGACGUUUCAUGAGCGAGGCCUUUCCUCAGAACUCUAUGGUACACUGUGCCGAGUUAUCGCGGUCACUUUUUUUUUUUUUUUUUUUUUUUUUUUUUUAAAUCCUCUUGGCCACGCAGACCAAAGAUCGGGCCUGGGUAUAGUAGAUAACCAUCUCUUAGGCUUGGUUUAAAUCCGCGACCUUUCUUGUAGGCAUUCUGGCUUUUUUUUUUCUUUCUUUCUUCUUCUUCUUCUAACUAAGCAAAGGUGUUUGUCUCAUCAUGAGUAAUAGCACUUUAUGUACACAUGGCUGGGUUAAGGAUGACUACACCAAUCUGAAACAUGAGUUACUAACUCCUGCUUCGAAUGGCUUCGGGCUGUUGUGCUUUCGAGAAUAAUUAACUCUUUACUCAGGUAGAAUCAGGAAAGCCAUUACAAAGCGGAAUAUCUUUUUUCCCCUUUCUUUUUCACGACGGUGCGUAUGUUGGAGAAUGAUCCUGGUUAGUGUCGGCACGCGUCACUCUUCUCUGUACUCGCUGUUCGGCCAUGCUCCUACUGUUUCCCAUUCCAGCAGGAGAAUGAAAACGUCGGGUAGCAGAGAUCAAAAUGUAGCCUCUAUGGGUUUGUUUGUUUGUUUUUUUUUUUUUGUAGGUGCGGGUUUUUAAUUUUUAAAACCCGAUCGAAAUGGAUGCUUUUGGGUUGUUUUCUGUCGGGGUUUGGUUUCCACGAUGGAUCGAGAACCUGUUCUUUCAUUCGUUUGUCAGAACAUAAACGGCAACGCGCACGUAGAAAUCGGGAAAUUCGCCCGAGCUCGGAGCGUCCCCUCCAGGAUUUCGCGACGGUGCCAUCACGGAAACGAAUGCGAAAUCAAGCGAACGCCGCGGUGUUCGGAGGAGCUCGUAAUUUCCCGCGAUGUACGCAGGGUGUUUAGUUAACGCCGUGUUAGAUUCACGUGCGUGCUUCUGAAAUUGAAUAAAGGUAAAAAGCGUCGUUUGACAACAAACGUCAUUCACUGAGAAGGAACCGUUUCUUGCAAAUGCAAUUUCACCAAUUCGAGUAGUUUUCUGGAAAAAAAAAAAAAAAGCACAAAAAAAUCCCUGCAAAUUUAAAUAAAUACAUAAAAAUCGAGCGUUUUUUUGGCUGCAACAAUCAUUUAAAUAAAAAAAAAAAAAAGCUGUACGGACUGGACUGCCUUGCUGACUCUCUUUUUGAUCGUCAGUCCAAAUCUCCAGAAUGCAUGGCAGCAUUACAGCUCCGGCUCGGUUUACGAAAAAACGAAACAAAACCAAAAAAAAAAAAAAAAAACCCCACCCCGUAUGUUUGAUUCACUUCCGGAGUCGAUUCAGAGUCGAUUCACUUUCUUAUUGUAAUCAAAUCACACUAAAGUUCACUUUGAAGCUCGCACACUAACGAGCUGGUUGUGUGUAGGUCUACACUAUCUACGAUUGCUGUGCUUUUGAUUCUCUCCUGCUGAAAGAAGCGUACGGAGGAGGAGAGAACACGCCAACGGGGUUCCGCUGAAACGUACCGAACGCUAUACGUGUCAAAGCAACCGGAACCCUGACGAUUGUAUAAUUCUGAAGAAAACACAAGGACUUUGCUGUGCAAUGGAUUUGUCUCGUUUGUUCAUGUUUAAACUUCCGUUUACAUUUUUUUCUGGCCCGGAAACAAGCUCCGAACCCCUACUAUAUUUGGUAAAGAAAAGCUGUUCAGCUCCGACACGUUUCCAGCAUAGUGGGCGUGGUAAGUUUUUUUUUUUUUUUUUUUUUUUUUUUUUUCUUUGUGGGAGGGAGUGGUUGAAAGACUUGCCAUUGUGUUGUCUGAAAAUGACAAACCGCUCCUUUAAAAGAUGACGCGUUACCGCUUUAACCUGAGCCAGAUUCUCUUGUGCACCCCGUUAUAUGCAAUUGCAGGAGUUCUCUGCAGUUCCUUUAUCGCUUUCUCUGGAUUUGAGGCUCAGUUUUUCUCUUGCACAAGGACCGUAAACUCGCCGUACGCGCUUCUGAACGCUCGUUACGAUACUGGAUUUGUCUGUGAGCGAAACGGCGGGAUCGAGCGUUUGCAUGCUUCCCUGUCGAGAUGCGGUAUUGAUAUAGCUUUUUUCUUUAAAUCUCGAAUACUUAUUAAUUCAUUAAGAGCGUUUCUUUUAGGGUGGAAGAGUUUGACAGGUUUUUUUUUUUGUCCCCCCUUAAACAUUCAUCCCAUUGUGCCACCUCUUUAAUACUGCAAGUCUUUUCUUUUUCUCUUUUCUUCUGUCACGUGAUCAGGAAACACGAUGACCCUUGUCCUGAGUAGCGUGAGGGAAUCUUGGUACAAUAAAUGCAUCGAUAUUUAAUUUAAACAUCGGUUAAACGUCUUAAAAAUCACGCCACGUCAUUCAAACACCCGCAAUAGUCUUUUGCCUUUUUUAUUUUUAUUUUUUAUUAUUAUUAUUUUUUUUAAAUAAAAUAAUCGUUAUUUAAUUGUACUAUAAAGUAGCAUUUUAUUCACACUGAUAGUUCUGUUCAAAAUGGAUUUAAAUAAUAAUAAAAAAAAAAUUAGAAAAGAUGGAAAAUAAUAAUUAAAAUUCCAUUAUAAGAUAUUUUCAAAGCACUUUUCAUUUUUGUGACUCUAUUUUAUACAAAGAUACGGAAAUUACGCUAUAUGAAUAAAGUAUGUACGUGUUUAAGUUUGAUAUUGGAACGGCUGCGCCUAGGCAUGUGCCGAUUUUAUUUUUUUUUUAUACAACAUCCAAUAAAACACGGUAUUGGCAUGACGGACAGUUUACAAGCUUGUGCACGCCCAAUGGUUGAGCAUUUCCUGUGAAUUGAGUAAUAUAUAUAUAUGAUAUAAAAAAGGCAAUAUUUAUCGUGUUCGACAUCGGCACAUGUCUAGAUGCUUUAGGACUGAAUGAGGCAGAGGAUUAACAUGGACAUGAAAGCUAGUGUGUGUGUGUGUGUGUGUGUGUGUGUGUGUGUGUGUGUGUGUGUGUGUGUGUGUUGCCCUGAGAAUGUGCAAUGGCGUUUCGACUCCAAAACAUUAAGAUAUGCAAGUGUCCCUCGUUGCUCUCGCCUCCUGUUGAACCGACAUCCAGGUGCCUGAACAAACAACCCGUUUUAUUAUCCUGACCAUUUUAAUCUCCUCCCCUCCUUCACGUCGUAUUCUGAAUUCUUGCUUCUGGAAAAAUCAGUGCCGUGAUUUCUUGUUUUUCGCUGAACAAUCUCGUUUUCUUUUACUUUCUAACGUACCAGGCUGUGGUGGUGGUGAUGAUUUUAUUUUAUUUUUUUUCCUUUACGUUUAUUUUGACAUUUUCAUUUCCCUCCUUGCAUUUAGACGUCGCUCUCUACGAGGUGACCUUUUUGGAUCGUUUCAGGCUCGUGUCUGAUUAACUCGUGUCUAAAUCACGAAAUCCAUCCUCCGGCCUUCGGCACGGACCUUCCUGCUUUACCGCAUCGAUUUCCUCCAUCCGUGUCAGAUAAUUAAUCGGCAGUACGCUAAAUACGCUCUUUUAUUUAUUUCCCAUGCACAUUGGACGUUAACGUUUAACGCCGUGACCGGGAGAGCGAAUGCACGUUUUAGAGAAUGUUCUACGUAGCUGAAGAUGUUCGGAAGAUUAUGUUAAAGUCGCCUUGAGUUUAGUUGAUGAGUUUGCUAUGUAAUGGAUGGAGUCGUCUUUUUUUUCUCUUUUUUCUUUUUUUCUUUUUUUUUUUGGGUGAGCUGUAGUUGGCAGGCAAAGAAAAAUAAAGGGAGAGACGGAUUUAUUUGCGUCUCCGGGGUGGAUAAAUGAUCGUUUUAUUAGCGAAUCCACCAGGCAAAUAAAAGCUCCAGUGUUCUACCUGGUCAUGUUUUGGUUGUCGGGGAAACUUUCGUCGUGGUAGCUCAUGUAACGUAAUCUGAUGUAAUAUAAUUAACCGUAGCUACGUAUCAAAUUAAUUCUUUGGGCUAGUUUUGUUAAAGGCAGUAAGGAGUUUUUUUUCUUUUCCAUUCUCUGGUUGUUGAAACGGUUUUGUCUGCUGGGAGACGAUGAAUAAAAUAAAAACAAAUAGCCUGGACAUGAUAUCUGCUUGUUCCAGGAUUACAAGAUUUGCCCACCCCUCCCCUGUGCUGUUAGGCUUUUAAUCAACCGGUUUGUUCUGUUCUGUGCAUGGAUUGGAUUGGAUUGGAUUGGAUUCUGCCUCUUGGAUAAAAGAGUCUCUCAUGAGUACACGUGAAACUGCCUCAAUGGGAAAUCGUUACAGGAGACGUGGCAUUAUAACCAACACGCAGUAUUGUUCACGUAUUUGAUGCUUUUUAAUUGUCGAAAUUUUAUCGCGACGUACGGACAGACGACGUGAUCACGAUGCAAAGUCGACACGUGCGUAGAUACUGGAGUCGGAGUCACCCGACGCGCGUGUGAAGCUAACGGCACGCUUACGAAACACCCGUUCUGAGCUACUUGACAAACAAGCGACUUCGUCACUGUGACCGAGACGGCGCUCUCGGCUAGCUGAUUUCGGACACGCGCUUCACGCCACGUUUAGAAACGCGCAAGAGGAUCGGAUUGCGAAAGGGUUGCGAAACGUCGGCCCGAUACGCAUCCGGCAUGUCGGAUCAGUAUCCUUCAUCCGUGCUGUAGAUGUUUUGUAUGAAGGCAAUGCUGCGGUCCAGAUCUUUUUUUUUUUUUACUACAAAUGUCCAAAUCCUUUUUUUAUUAUUAUUAUUUUUGGUUUAUUAUUAAGUACACAUCCUCUCACUAGGUCCCUGGGAACUCUGAGGUGGAAAAAAUAUCAGCGUCAUGGUGUACAAAUUGCGUAUUCGCUUCCAUCCAAGCUUCAUGCGGACGGAAUCUAAAGUGAAUUCUCAAAGUGCUGCCUUCUCUGAUUUACAUGUGAAAUGAAAGUGCUGGAUUUCUGUCCUGUCGCUUGUUUUGUUGAGGAACUUAAUCAUGUGUGUAAUCCUCGAGGCACUCACUGAGGUGUCCGUGGCUGUAAGGGAAGUGUGUGUGUGUGUGUGUGUGUGUGUGUGAGUGAAUGAGGGUGAGAGAGAGUGGUGUAUAAAGAGGAUACUCACUGUGCCAGUGUCAUAUCAGGUAAAUAUCACAGUGCCACGUCACGCCAACUGCCAAAUCUGACUCCUCGUGUCCUCUCUGUCGUCGUCUCGUUUUCAUCUGUUUGCACACCGACGCUGUUGGAAUUCUUGAGGCAAAUUAUUAGUAUUGUUAUUUUUUAAUUUUUUUUUUUAUUUGUAUUAUUAUUAUUUUUGUUAAGUAAAGAGAGAAAUCUUGUCUCCUGAGCUCGGAACUGCGAAACCGUGUGUACGUGGUCAUUUCAAACGAGCAUGAGAAUGUCCUUUUCAGCUUGCACAACCAUGUAAAACAUUCAGAAGUGUUUCCACGACUUUUCUGUCCCCAUUAAAAUGUUGAAUUGAUUUGAACAUGAA